UUCGUGCAGGUCUCUCCUGUCAGUUUACACGGAGUCUGUAAGUGUGACAGCUGCUGUUUGUAGCUUUUCAGUUAUGAAAAACCUUCAUUACAAGGAUUUCUUCUGGAACUCAGACUUGACCUGCACUGGGGGAUACGAUGCCAUUAUUCAGUAUCUCAAUGAUGGCAAGAGAGUAUGCAAGGAGGUGGAGGAGUUCAUGAAAGCCAGGGCUUCAAUUGAAGAGAAAUACGCCAAAGAUCUCCUGGGUUUGUCCAAGAAGGUGUGUGGACACAAUGAAAUGAACUCCUUGAAAAGGUCCCUGGACGUGUUCAAAUUACAGACUGAACACGUGAGUCUGUCACACUUUCAACUGGCCCAGAACAUGAAGGACGAAGCCAAGAAGCUGGAGGAUUUCAGAGAAAAGCAAAAAGAGGCAAGAAAAAAGAUUGAACAACAGAUGGAUGCUCUUCACAAACAGAAGGCUUCACAGUUCAAGAAGACGAUGGAUUCCAAGAAGACGUACGAUCAGAAGUGCAGAGACAAAGAAGAAGCAGAUCAGAACGUGAACCGAAACACCAACAACACCAAGCACAUGGAGAAGCUCAAUUCAAAAGCUCAGCAGGCCAAACAGAACGCAGAUGAAGCAGACAGGUUGUAUCAGCAGAAUGUGACCACGAUGGGAAAGAUUAGAGACGACUGGAUGAAGGAGCACGUUAAGGCCUGUGAGAUGUUUGAAAAACAGUCAGUGGAGCGCAUCAACUUUUUGAGGAACACAGUGUGGACUCACCUCAACCAGCUUUCCCAGCAAUGUGUGACCAGUGACGAGCUGUAUGAGGAAGUGAGAAAGUCUCUGGAGCAGUGUAACAUCCAGGAAGAUAUCGAACACUUUGUAAACCUCAGGCGGACCGGCGACAAACCACCAGCUCCUGUUAUGUAUGAGAACUUCUAUAGUGGUCAGAAGUCUCCAACUGCAGCUUCUCCUUCUCGACUGCCUCCACCAAUCACCAGGAGGGCGCCACCACCCGAGCCAACACAGAACAAUAGAGAUACACUCUACUCAACGGUGCAGGAUGCCGGCUACAGUCUCAUCCAGUACUAACCCACACACAGAUCCACCGGUGGAGUUGUUGUACAUUUUGUGCUCCACAGACAGCAUUUUAACGACUAUGUGUGAUUACUUCCUGCUUUGUGAGUCCCUGUAAACAUAAGGUCAGGUAGAAAAUGUGAGUGUCAUAACUGUGUGCAUGGAAAGAUUCAGGUGAGGUUAUGUUGAUGUUUUGAACUUAUCACUGUGUUAUAAACAGUACAGGAAAUAUGAUAAACAUAUAUUAUAUAUUUUAAUAUAAUAUUUAAAUACUUUAAAUAUGAAAGAAUUAUGUAUUGUGUAAUUAUGUAAGUUCAAAACAGAAAAAAACAGGAUUUCUGCUUCAUAUUUUUGAUAAAAUUGACACAUAAAAAGUGAUCAAACACACACCUUAAACAGUGAUGUCUGUCUAAUUACUGUAUAAACUUCAUGAAUCAGUCCAGUGUUCCAACACAGAGGCUGUUAACUAUUGUGUGUAUGUCAUGCGGGGCUCUUUUUUCUACAUAACUACAUUACAGUUUAUUUUCAGGUCUGUAUUUAUUUUUAAAUUUAGCACAUUUCCAGUGGUGAUUCACAAAAUCAAGCAAGUUUUCAUCUGUUUACUUGUUUUCAUUUCCUCCAUGUUGUGAAAGUAGCUUGUCAGCUGACUGAUAUCUUGUGGUGGAAAGGGCCCCUCAAAAAUUGCAACACUGGUUUUCCAAAGUCCUGUAACUUUCAAGUUUUCUGCUCUACAUUGACAUUCUAGUAAUCUACAUACAUGUGUGUUUAGGAGUUUUGUUGGGAGUUUUUGCACUUUGUUUUUUCUUUAUUUUUUUUACUGAAAAUGCACAAUUUGUAGAAAUGUAUGCAUUUGAGAUUCCAGAAGUAAAUAUUCUCCACUGCAUCUUUUCAAACCCUAUUCCAAACCCGAUCAAAUAACUUGAUCUGUGUUAUUAUAUCGCACAGGGUAAUAUCUCAUGGAAAUGUGCUUUUUUGAAAUAUUUGUAGCAGCAAACAUUUCAUCCAAACAGUACCUACGAAUAAAUAAGGUGUUCUUGAACACCACAAGGAAAAUUAGCUUUUGCAAUAAAGCAUUCAACAAAAACAGUAAUAGAAUAACAUUCUUCUGUUGAAAAAGUAAGUACACUUAGGAGCUGAUGUCUUCCCCUGUAGCUCUUCUGUGCAAAAGUUCUUCAGUUCCAGUAUAUUUGAGGGUGCGCCUGUUUCAAUUCAGCUCACAACAUUUCAAUGGGUUUAAAUCUAGGCCUGGCCAAAGCCCAACAUUUCUUCUUUUUGAGCUAUUCCUUGGUGGAUUUAUUGUGUGUAGGUCAUUAUCCUGUUACAAGCUCCACCUCUGGUUCAAAUUCAACUUUCAGGUAGUUGUUUUUAGCCUUUUCCUGAAGUCAAACAGCUCUUUGAUUCAUUUAACCAGAGCACAUUAUUCCAUACAAAACCUUGCUCUUUUCCUGUAUGUUCACUAGCAAAAUCCUGUAAUGAAACUUCAGAGUUUUUGGAGAUUGUUUUUGCAUCGAACAUUCUGCUUUUUGGGCUAAAUUAGCAGCAUCAGGCAGUCCUGCACAAAAUGACAGCUUGUUAAAAAUCUAUGCCACUUUUAGAUGAUUUUCCAGUGUAAAGAUUUCAUAUUGGUGAGCUUUUUAGAUCCCUUGCCAGGUUGAGGUACCUACCCCCUAUUUUUUUCGCGAGGAUCCCUUUAAAUCUUGGCUUGAUGAAAGCAAAUAGAACAGUAGCCACUAGGUUAUAGAGGGUUUUUUUUUUAAACAACUUUUUUUUUUUUUUUUUUGCCUUUUUCAGCUUUUUUAUUGAUAGACAGAGUGAAGAGACAGACAGGAAACGUGGGAGAAGACAUGCAGCAAAGGGCCACGAGCAGGAAUUGAACCCGGGCCGCUGCGUCAGGGACCAGCCCCUGUACAUGGUUCGCUCACUUAACCUGUUGAGCUAUACGGGCGCUCCAGGUUUUAGAGGUUUAAAUAAGAGAAGCUCAAUCUGACAACCUUUAAGCAUGUUCCAAUAAUUGGCACCUAAUCUGGAUCCCCUGAUUCUAGUUUUGUGGAUUUAAAGAAUGUCAUUUGUUUGAGUAUAUCACCUUCAUCUGUAGGAACUGUGUUAAGGACAAUCAAAUGUUUGAAUGUGUCAAAAAGCCAACAUUUCCCUGAGUUGUGCUUUCAUAAUGUAUAUAUUAUCGAAGAUGUAAAUUUUGACUGUAAACCAUGACACAAUGAACAUUUCAAAAACAAAGACAGCUUUAUUUCCUCCA